CGAUAUCGUCAUGGCGGUAAAGGAGCGGCUCUUCCGUUCAGCUUGAUUGGAAAUCAAGAUUAUUAUGGCUGAGAUUUUACAUUACAUAACGGAAAAGUGCAUUUCCAUUGAAGUGCAUUUUUCGCGGGGCUCAGUAGCAUCGUAAGCGACGGUAAAGACGGGACGGAAAACUCAACCCCCGGAGCUUGUGUCUAGUGAGAGAAAACGAACGGAUUGACAUUGUACACCCGACAAUCGCAAUUGCAGUAGCAGCCUCGGCCACACCGAAGCAUAAACAAUCACCAUGGCGAAGUACGAAGAUAUUGCGUAAUCCCAAGCCUUAUCUAAUUAUAGCAGCGUAGAAAAUGAAUCUCUAAUUCAAUGAUAAUGCUUUGUUUACUAUGCCACGCUGCACGCUGAAUCACACUGUUACACUUGAUUCACCGGUCAUUCUUUCGGCGGCAUGUCCCUUUUCAAAUCCUUGAUUUUUGUCAAAGAGAAUGCUGAUUUUAAGUUGGUAGAGAUGAUGAUAGUAUUUGUUUAUGACACUGCAAGGUGUUGUAAAGAAGAUGAUGAUCCUGCAGAGGCAGUUAUGUAUUUCCAUCCUGCAUGGGUGUCUCUUACCCAAAGGCUAGCAUUAGCAGGUCAACUAAUGGCAAUUAAUCAGUUUCUUACAACCUCGUUUUCCGCUCCAAAAUCAAUUACGCUACAGGGAGGAAAGUUUGUACUGAAAAAAUUUGGACAGUACAUUCUUGCAGUGGGAACUGAUAGGAAUAUUCAUGAUUGGAUUCUAGAGAGACGUGCGAAUACACUAGAAUCACUGCUCAAAUUUUUUCAUUCUGAUCUUAAUAAAAUAUUAGAAUCAUUUAACAGCGACAGAAACAAAUUUACCGAGAAAUUGUAUCACAUGUUUGAAACGUAUUUGCCAAUACUUCAAUAUAGUGCCAAUCUUUUUUCCAACAUACCUAUUAUCAAACUUCCAAAGAGCGCUAGUAACAUAUUUUUAGAAGCAAUUCAAGUUUUACAAUAUUGCCAAGAAACUAAUGGUGUUAUGGGUGGUGCACUCUUCUACAACAAUAAGGUAGUUGCUACUCAAUUAGGUGCAGAUUUGACCAAACAGAUUGUUAUAACUGAUCCUUACAGAAUAAGGGCCCCUGCAGAAAGAAUAUCAACAGAAUUUCACUUACCUGUUGGAGUACAAUUACUGCGAGUGUAUAUAGAACAGAAACAGUUUGCAAAACUUGUACAAGAAGCAAACAAUGAACGUUAUUACAGCUCGUAUUUAGAUUCUGUCACGAAAAAAAUGUUGCAGAGAAAGAACAUUUCGAAGAACAGCAAAGAACCGCCUCUGUCUGGAAUGAAACGCGAUACUUCUCGUAUUUUCACUGUACCCGAAGAAGGCGAAUUAGACUCUUCGCAAUACAACGACAACAGUCAUUACGUGCCAUCCGUUCCGCUUACAGCUUACAGUUCGCCAGUGAAACGUAAACAGGAAAGUAAACCAGACCGUCCAAAGUGCGUGAAUCCUUUGACUCCUAGCGUUUGCUCCACGCCUUUAAAAGAUGUAAACAGAGUCUUACAUGGUAAUGCUAUGUUAAUAUGUAACACGAACGAGGAGGAUGGAAAUGUUGAAACAGAAGAGGAGAAGAAAGAAAUGAAAGCGAAUGUAGACGACAUUCCGGACGUUGUUAAGGAAGCGCUUAGAUGUAAACGUUUAAAUAAAUUGAGGAACGUUCCACCGAAAAAGAAAGUGAUUAAAAGUAGGGAAUUCAAUAAAAGGAGCUUAAGUGUACACGAUUUGGAAUCGUCUGUAAAUUUUUGUUCGAACAGAAUAGCGAUUAGAGCGUAUGGAUUAGGUUUACCGCAGUUGAAACAAACCGUGUCACCUGAAACUUCCCCUGAAAAGAAACCUGCGUAUAAGAAGCAGCACCAUACGAUUACGGACCCUUGUUAUCCCGUGUUUCGAUGCGAUGGGCUGCCAGUAUCAAUGUCGUUGUACGAACAAUACAUAUCCUCGCAUUAUGGAGAACUGACAGACGACAGUAAUAACACGAUCAAUCGCAACGACUUUUUCGCCAGUUUGACCGAUCGUAACGCCAAGAAUACGACAAUUAACUGUGAUGCCACGAGCAAAGACAAUUUAGAAGAAUUAAGCAACACUCGCGAAAUCAAGUUGGACAACAAAUCGAAACAAGAAACUUAUCGUCGAUCAAUGAGCCUGCCUUUGAAACCACUUAAUAUCACUGACAACGACGACAGACGAAAAUCGGCAUCCGAGUGCGGUAACACGUACGAUUUUCUACAAAAGAAGAAAUUGGAUGGUUUACAGUUGACACCGUUAAUGUCGAAACUUAGCUUGCUCGCUGAUGAGAAAACUAGCGGUUUUUGUAGUAGAGAGACCACUCCUAGCGAGUUCCGUGAUUUAUCGGGAUUUUCGACGGCGACGAAUCAAAUAAUUAAACAGAAAUUAGACGCAGUCAAUAAAGAAAUGGGAAGCGACGGUGAGGAUGAACUCGAGGAGGAUUGGGUCACCACGUCUAAAGAUGAGAUUUCCCUUGAGAAAACUGAAUUAUUUCUCUGUGGACACCAGAACAUGGUGUUGGUAUUGUUAAUGGAAAAUGGAACUGCUAAUAAUCCUGAUCUUAUACACUCUCUUUGGCAGACUUGUGUGAAUACUUUAGGAAGACUUGAGACUAGGCUGCAACAGUGCCUAGAGCCUCUACCAUCGAAUGAAAAUAAAGAGUUAUAUAGUAUUUUAAAUAUUGAUCCACAGUGGGACACGAUAAACCGUUCUGGUCUAUGGGGUGUUACUGAAUUGGAUAUUGUAUCCUGUCUUCAUGAUCGAUUCACUCAUGCUAGUAAUCUCACGGAUAUUAUUGUCAGAACGGAGGAUACUGUUGUUUAUGGUAACCAGUGCGGAAAUAUAGAGGUAUUUUAUCAGCAAGCAGUGGCACCAAAUACCUCCGGAGGACUUCCGACUCCUGCAGAUUUAAUGGGGAUUGUGUCUCUUAAAGCAAAACGUAGACUGGAAAGAGAUCAUGGGAUUGUGCUAUUGUAAAUUGCAAUUAUCCGAGAAAAUGCUUCCACUGUAAUGCUAUUUGUAAUUCGAUUGUUUGACUUUAAUACUUUGUUUAUUACAUUCCGUGGCAUGCCAAAUUCAUGAUAUUAGAUCAUAUUUUGUACAUAUUUCUUUGCAUAUAGUAAUAGUGAAAUU